AUGAGCAAAAGAGGACUGAAGUUACCCCCAGCAGUGCUGCUCUGCCCCUGCCUUGGCUCCAAGCCCGAUGCCUCCUCCUGCAGGGAAAGCUGCUCUGCAAAGAGCCGUCCAGGCCAGUGCCCCAUGGAAGCAGUCUUGGCUGACCAUUGUAGCCUGGCAGAUGUUCAGAGGAUGGCAAGAAUCCCCGGAGGGGCAGGGCAUGCCACAGCGGCCCGGGCACAACUCCCGGCUGUGGCGGUCCCGGAGCCGGGCCGGGGCGCGGACACCCCCUCAGCCACCCCGGCGGGGCCGGGCCGGGCCGGGCCGGGCCGGGCAGGGGUUCUUGAAUGCUCUCCUGGUGGACAUCAGAUCCUGCAGAGCCCUUACCGAAGUGUGGAUUUUAAUUCAUCCCACCUCCAGCAAUCAGCUAUUCAGGAUUUAAUCUGUGACCAUUCCCUCACACCAGGAUGGUAUCGCUUCAUGAUUUUUGAUAAGCCUGCUGAGAUGCCAACCAAGUGCGUGGAGAUGAAUCACUGUGGGACUCAAGCCCCUGUCUGGCUGUCUCUGAGGGAGUCAGAGUCCAUGCCUCGACCUGGUGAGAUCAAGCAGUUAACAGCUUGUGCUACAUGGCAGUUUUUCUUCAGCUCUUCAAAAGACUGCUGUCUUUUCCGAAUCCCUGUCAGGGUGAGGAACUGUGGAGAUUUCUUUGUUUACUUACUGCAGCCCACCCAAGGAUGCAUGGGGUAUUGUGCAGAAGUUGUUUCAGAUGCAAGGCCACAGAGCUGUGAUCCUGAGGGAAUGGAAAUUGAAGGCGUCUGUAGCAGUAACCUGGCUCCUACAUCAUCUCCAUCUGUGUCACCACCACUUCCAUCUGUUCCUGAAGUUGCAGCAGAGAUGAUCAAAGGCAACAUCUACCUAAGGUGUACCUUUGGCAUUCCUUUUGCAAACAGCUCUGUUGGAUUCAUUGUAACUUGGUCAAGACUUUCUCCUGAAGGUGUCAAAGAAGAGCUUACACAUGAAACAGCAGUUCAUACCUUCUCACUUCUAGAACUAGAUGGGAUAAACGUCAGACUUGGAGACAGACUCUACUGUAGCAGUUCUUCUUUUUUCAUGGAGAAUCCAGAUAUACAGAGCUCUUCAGUUGAGAGCCAGGAAUUUUUUGCUGGAAUUAAGAUACAUCCAGAAACAUAUGAUAUAUCAGAAGAUGGGAAGGAAUACAGACUGACAAUAGAAAGUAGCAUUCCUAUUCCUUGUCCUCAAUUUACCCAGCUAAAAAGUGACUGCAAAAUCUCACUAACAUUAAACAGUAUUGAUGAAGGUAAAGAGCAGUUAGGUCUAAACUUGGCUCUUUCUUCUUGUCAUGUGGAUCUUCUCCAGAAAUCCUGCAAUAAUGGACUCUGUGGUCAAGCUGUAAUUUAUUUCACUGCUAUGACAGACUUCAUGCAGGAUGGAGACAGGAUUACCAGAAUUGCAGUUGAACCUAUAUCCAGUGAGAAUUUCCUGUGGAAUGGCUAUAUUCCAGAAAGCACACAGAUUACAGUUAAGGACCUACCCACCGCCUACUGUUACUCAUUUACUGACCCUCAUAUAAUUACUUUUGAUGGAAGAGUCUAUGACAAUUUUAAAACAGGAACAUUUGUUCUCUAUAAGAGUACAUCUCGAGAUUUUGAAGUUCAUGUUCGUCAGUGGGACUGUGGAAGUCUCCACUACCCAGCGUCCUGCAACUGUGGGUUUGUUGCUAGGGAAGGAAGUGAUAUAAUUGCAUUUGACAUGUGCAGUGGUCAGCUCCAUGAAUCACAGCCACACUUGUCUGUAAUAAACAGAGACACAACAGGAAGCAAUGUCAGAAUCACUGAAUCCUACUUGGGAAGAAAAGUAACAGUUUUAUUUUCUUCUGGAGCUUUUGUUCGUGCUGAUGUGAGCGAAUGGGGAAUGAGCAUUACACUUAGGGCACCCAGUUCAGAUUACAGGCAUACAGUGGGACUCUGUGGCACCUUUGAUGGAAAUGCAGAGAAUGACUAUCACACUGCAAGUGGCAUGGAAAUCCCAAACCAUGCUAAUGUUCCUUUUUCUUUUAUUAAGGAAUGGAGAAUUUUACCAGGAGAGAGCUUGUUUGACAAGACACCCGCUUCACUAACAUCUUCUAGAAAAAUUUUCUUCUGUGACUGUACACUUGAAGAUGCCGGAUUAUAUCAACCAGCAAACAAACUGGAGACAGUUACUCAGUCAGAACCUCCUCUGUCUUGUAAAGAAAGUGAAAAUGGUAGAUUUCUUUCUUUGAUACCAGGACUGGAUGUCACUGCUGAGUAUCUUGGUCCUGCUGAUCUUGUCAGGGGCUUAAAGAAACGUUCAUCUACACAUGAAAUGGAUUCAUCUACACAUCUGCAGAGGCAGAAUAAUCAAACAAAACUUCACAAAACAUCACGAAAAUGCUCACCAUUACAGCAGUGCUUCGACAUUAGGAGAAAUGCUCACCAUUACAGCAGUCAUUUUCACAAAAGUCAAUCUGCUACGAGUAGAGGAAAGCGCCAAAAUUACUAUGAAUACCAUCCAGUAUUCAUUUUCCAAAGUCUCAGCCAAACAGAUUUAGAGGGAUAUAGUUAUUUUUUCCCAGAGGACCAUGCUGCUGACACAGAUGAAAAGCUCCUUCCUUCUUGGCCCACACCUUCAGGCCUCAGUGAAUCUAGUGCUUUGUUCCUGUGCCAGCAGGCAAUAGCUAAUUCCAGCAUAGGGAGAUCCUGUGGUGCCCUCCUUGGCCGGAGAACAGGGGAUGCCAUCGAUAUGUGCAUUAAAGAUUUGCUGCUGAAAGAUGACCUCAGCUGGGCAGAAGCCUCUUUAGCUCUGCUGGAGAAUGAAUGUGAGAAAAGAAUUUUAGAAGAAAUACAUUACAGCCCACAGGAACUUGAAGAGUCAGUUGAGAGCCUACUUACUGCUUUAAAGUGUCCCAGUCUCUGCAGUGGUAAUGGGGAAUGUACAGAAUGGGGCUGUGCAUGUUUUCAAGGCUACAGCUCAUAUGACUGCAGCAUACUGUCUGACCAGGCUCCAGAAAUUACAGAGCUGGAGAAUGCUGGGCUCUGCGAUAUUCGACAGUAUGAGUGCACAUCAGUGAGAGUGUUUGGACAUGGCUUCAGGGACUCAUUGAACCUGAAAUGUGAAAUCAUCAAAUUGCAAUAUAGUGAUAGACAGUGGAUUCCUGGAGAACCUCUAACUAUGCCAGCUGCCUUCCAAAAUACCAGGACUGUGGACUGCCAGUUACCAAGUGAUGGCCAGCAGUCUGAUGCCAUGGAUGUGGUUGAUGACAAACCCAUUGCUAGAUGGCAAAUAAAGAUUUCUAAUGAUGGAUUUGUUUAUAGCAACUCUAAAACAAUGAUAUUAUAUGAUGGAGCCUGUCAGACCUGUGAACCACAAGAAUCUGGGUUUUGUACAUUAAAGGAGAAAACAUGCAACAUAGAUGGACUCUGUUAUGGUGAAGGAGACACAAAUCCAACCAGCCCUUGCUUAGUGUGCAGACCUGACAUAUCUAAGUUGACUUGGUCCAUUGUUGAAAAUAACCAGCCUCCAGUGCUUGAAACUUUUCAGGGUAUGCUACAGACAUUUUAUGGAGAAGAUUUUUUAUAUCAGUUUUUGGCUUCAGAUCCAGAGGGCUCUGCUAUUCAUUUCACAUUGGAUUCUGGUCCAGAAGGUGCCAGUCUUUCCCCAUCCGGUCUCCUUUUGUGGAAAGCUGUGUCAAUGAAUGUCCAUAAAUUAACAUUUUCUUUGACAGAUGACUGCAAUGCAACAACUAAAGUAGAAAUAGAGGUCAGUGUAAAAUCAUGUGAUUGUCUAAAUAAUGGCUCAUGUGUGACAAACAUUAAUUUCCCACCUGGAAGUGGAAGAUAUCUUUGUGUGUGUGUGGCUGGAUUUGAAGGUGAUCUCUGUCAAGUGAAUACUGAUGACUGUAAACUUAACCAGUGUGGUAUUGGCAGAUGUGUGGAUGGAAUAAACAGCUAUUACUGUGAAUGUCCACAUGAACUUCAAGGUAAAAAUUGUCAAGAGGAUGUAGAUGAAUGUGCAUCCAGUCCUUGCUUCCCUGGAGUAUUUUGCUUCAAUACUUUUGGUUCUUACCAUUGUGGUCCAUGCCCAAAUAAUAUGCAAGGAGAUGGGAAGUCAUGUCAUGAAAGCUUUGACAACACUGAUAUUGGAAGGAAGGAUUCCACAGGAGAAAUUGGAGGGAAUAAAGGUUUUCAACCAUCAUCCUUUGAGAAGGUUUUAAGCAUGCCGAGUUAUAUUCCCAGUUCUACAGAUGUCCCAAAGAGAUUUAUUUCUACAGAAAUGGUCAGUAGCAGCAUGCCAGCAGCCUCCACAGCAAAAACAUUCACUGCCUGGAAGACACCUGAUUCUCAGAGAAGUGCUUCUGUACAACCUGUGGUUACUGGAGACAUUGCUCAUGCUGUAGGCACCAUCAGUAGUCAACUUGCUGACGUGGAAAACAAUUCUUCAGUACAUGCUGUAAAGGCUGCGUCUUCAAGGAGCCAUGCUGUAUCAUCUGAGAAGAAAACAAGGGCACAAGUUGAGGCCUUCAGCUAUUCUGAGAGCAGCAGGAAGACUUCCCCUAGCAGCAGAGCAAGUAUAAGCAAAGGACAUUCUCUGCCAGACAAAGCAUUCAAAGGUGGAAAUGCUCAGAGAGUUCUGCACCUAUUAGCUAAGCAUAAAGCGAGUCAUUUGCCUUUCACCCUUGUGGAAGUCACUGUCCCACCAAAAAUGCUUCCUGAAGAAUUGAGUGAAACAGUGUUUCCUAAAGCAGUGACCUGCUCUGAUUUACCCUGUUUUCCUGGGGUACCCUGUGAGCCAAGUCAGGAUGGAAGUGUCAAGUGCGGUCGUUGCCCUUAUGGUUAUUAUGGAGACGGCUUCACUUGCAGAGCAAGAUGUAGACAACCCUGUGGCAAAAAUACGGAGUGUGUGGCACCCAAUAUUUGUAAAUGCAAGCCUGGUUAUGCUGGUUAUAACUGUCAGGCUGCUCUAUGCAGACCUGAUUGCAAAAACCAUGGGAAGUGCAUUAAGCCCAAUGUCUGUGAGUGUUUACCUGGGUACAGUGGCUCCACCUGUGAGGAAGCACAUUGUAAACCACCGUGUCAAAAUGGAGGCACAUGCUUGGCCAGAAAUCUCUGCACCUGCCCAUAUGGUUUUGUGGGACCAAGAUGUGAUACAAUGGUUUGCAACAGACACUGUGAAAAUGGUGGCAAAUGUCUCACUCCAGACAUCUGCCAGUGUAAACCUGGCUGGUACGGACCUACCUGCAGCACAGCAAUGUGUAACCCUGUGUGUCUCAAUGGUGGUUCCUGUACUAAGCCAGAUGUUUGCCUGUGUCCACAUGGAUUCUUUGGUGCCCACUGUCAGAAUGCUGUCUGCAGCCCUCCUUGUAAGAACGGUGGUCACUGCAUGAGAAAUAAUGUCUGUACUUGUCCUGAUGGGUACACAGGCAGAAGAUGUGAAAAAAGUGUCUGUGAGCCAAGGUGUAUGAAUGGAGGAAGAUGUGUAGGCCCAAACAUUUGCUCUUGUCCUUCAGGAUGGAGAGGAAGAAGAUGUAACACUCCAAUCUGUCUUCAGGAAUGUAAGAAUGGUGGGGAGUGUAUUGGGCCGAGUACCUGUCAUUGUUCUGCACAGUGGGAAGGAAUCCAGUGUCAAACACCUGUGUGCAACCAGAAGUGUCUGUUUGGAGGGAAGUGUGUAUUGCCCAAUGUGUGCUCUUGUCGUCCAGGUUAUACUGGAGUCCUCUGUGGGAAGAAAAUUCAGGUACAAAGAUAUCAUGGUUGAAGAAAUGUGGCAAUUCAAUUGCAAUGCUGCAUGGAUGUAUGAGACUUGAAAAUAGCAAAAGGGUUGAAGGCAUUUAAAGAGUUCAUUUUAAGGAAAAGAAUAUUCAGAAGCCUUAUUUUAAAAGAUGCAUAUUAAUGACAAAUGUUGGUGAGCUUCAAAGCAACAGUCUUGUAGCCAUUAAAACGUAUGUAUAUUCCUGUAAUUUUUUGCUACCUCAUGUACAAACCCCACCCCUCUGAUGUCUUCAUUGAAUUCCCAGAUCUGAUGACUGAGCCCAAAAUUCUACAGUCAAUUGGACUAUGAAAUUUCAGUUGAGGAAACAACACUGUAGUAGCUGUUGGGUAUCUCUAGCAAGGAAGGCAGCACUUCUGCACUUGUGAAUGGUACCUCCUGUUUAUAAACACUGCUUACUUACAUACUAUAUGGCUGCAGACAGAAGGAAAAGCAGAACUGCUUUUUCUUGUUUUGUGUUUACAUUGGUCAUGCUGUAAUAACAGGCCAAUAGCAAGGAAGGAGGGGAAACCAGAACUGAGACUGCUACUAAUGAAGGCAAGGCCUCCUGUCCUAUUAGCAGUCAGAGAGAUGCAGAAUCACUGUGAUUUAUCUAUGACAAGCCUUUGCAGCCAGAAGCCAGAUCCCAACUUUCCUGUUUUGACUUCAUUACUUGCAUUCACUAAUUUGCAGAGCCAGCUACUGAAUUAUUCCUGUGUCUGUAAGACUUCUAUGCCCCUGUCUGAGAUGGCAGUCAGUAAUAUGAGGAAAUUUUGUUCCCAGGACUCUUAGAGAAAUUUUACAAUAAUUUCAGUAAUGCUGAAUCUUAAAAUAGGAACUAAUAAGAGGAGAAAUUUGUUGUACAUCAUGCCAUCCAUACUCAUCAUGUCAGAAAGUAUUUGUAAAGACUUAGCAGAGGGUUUUUUUUCCUAUUGCCUAUUGCUCCAAUGAACUAUUAGCACCUACCAGCUGCCAGAUAGUUUUUGAAAAAAUAAAAUUCCAGUUUUUCUGAAGUUUCCUACAGAGGACUGCUGUCUUCUCCUAGAGCUAUGAAAGACAUUUCAGUUCCUGCCAUAACAAAGUGAGCUCUGGUAAUAGACACAAGCAUCCCAUUAUCUAAGCCGUUGAUGUUUACUGCUUUGCUUUUUUAAGAUGAAAAUAAACAUCAUGACUUCCUAUUUUCCUGAGCAAUAUUCAGUUUAUAUACCCUGAUUUUGAAUAGGAAGAAAAUAGAGGUAAUUUUGCCAUUUACUGCCAUUCUGGGAUGCUGAUUAUCAAAUCAUAGCUGUUAGCUGCUCUGUGCCUUGAUUUCUCCUCACGUUUUGUUGGUCUUCUUAAGUCAUCUUGCAAAGUAAGCUGGCAUUUUGAGAGCUUAGCAUCAUUCCAGAAUGAUACCUCAUGGAUUUCCAAGUGCCUGGCUGGUAUAUUUUAAAAAUGUCCAAUUUCCCACUUGCAUUUUAAAUUUCAGUGUUUCCAUAGUUUCUUUCAAUCAAACGUCCACGUGGUUGAUAGCCUGAUGAUCUGGGAACCAUUACAUUAUUUGAAACCUACUCAUCUUGAACCAUUUCCUUUCCUCCAUCUCACAAAUGUCAGUGAACAAAAUCUGACUAGCUCUUGGAACUGUUUUGGAUACACAAGGUACUGAAAAAGUUUUUAGAGUAUAAACCACCAAUAUCACAUAAUCUCUUAUUGUAAUCACUGCUGUUCCAUGUGUCAGUUACAGAGGUGCUGUGCAAAGAAGAAAGAUAACAUCUCCCUGGAGCACUGCUGUAAUUUGGCUAAUGAGUUUGUGCAAUCCUUCACUCACAAAACUUAAUCAAUGCAUAUAUGUGCAUUUCUAGGA